AUGGCUUCGCGUUGCAUUCAAGGAAAGGACAAGUCAAGAUCAACCAAGGAAGCUGCUAUGGAAAUAUUUCUGCAGUACGUCUUCGUGUCCUACAGUGACGAAGACGUUCGGUUCGACCUCCUCUGCCAGGUCAAUUCCUUUUUCCACAAGUUUGCACAGCCGCUCCUUGUCCCAUGGCUGAAGCGACAGCUGCCGGAGCAUGCCGUCGUCGAGCCUUCCAAGGAUGCAAAUCCCUUUCUGGGGAUCCUCUGCAAGGAUCCUUCCUGGUGCUGCAGGAACGAGGAGGAGGGGAUGUUUCCCUUCCUCAUCGCUCCCGAUCCCAUCGUGAGCUCGUGUGGGACAGGAGCGAUCUACCGGCUCGAGCUCAGGAAGGCAGCGAAGAGGGCGAGCACGGGAUGCAUCGAGGUUCCGAUCCCGCGGGUAGCGAGGAUGUACUCCUGGUACCGGCAGCUACAGCUGGAGGUGGGGUACUUCUCCCCUUGCAAGCACCUGCGGGGGGUGGUCAACUGCGCGGACAACAACUGCCUCCAGCAUGAUCGGGUAUUCUGGUACAUCGACCCCGACGGCAACCCUCGUCCUCCUCCCCUCGAGCCCCUUGAGCUGCCUCCCGCCUGGCUGCAGGGCCGCUACUCGAUCCAGGAGGUGGGGACGGGGAGUCGCAAGUAUCUCGAGCUCAAGUUCUUCCUGUACGAGAUGUCGAUGCGAGCACCCAAGGUGGAGGAGCUCAGCGGUACGAAGGAUAGGGGGAGAGUGGGAGGGAGUCGUGAGGAGGGAGGAGGAGGAGGGUGA